AUGAUAAAGAAGGAAGACUUGCACGUGGUGAAACCUAUCACCACUGUGGAUGAAGCUCUGGAAAUCCUUGAGGAGAAUAGAGUCACAUGGUUUCCUGUGAUAGAUAAAGGCUAGAAAUGGGUUGGGCUUGUUUCAGAUUAUGAUUUGGUGGCUUUGGACUGGUAAAUGGGUAGUGGAAAGAACAAAAAAUGCAUGUUUCCUGAGGUUGACAGCACUUUGCAAGUAUUUGGCCCUCUUUUUCCUAUUAUUAGCAAAACCAAUGGGAAGCUUGUUGGACAUUUGAUGACACCCAGCUCUAGUGUUGUUGUUGAGGAAAACACCAACCUCGAAGAUGCUGCUAAGUUAUUGUCUUACCUUUAUCUCCAGUGCCGUCGGUAUUAUCACAAGAGGAAACGUGGUUAG